UUCAUUCUUCUCUCAAAUCGAGUCAAGUUCUUAUUUUGGGACACAAUUUCUCAUAAAAUUGUCCACGUUUAAAUAUAAAUUCAUUAAAACCGAGUCGAAUUGUUACUUCAACUUUAAAACGUGGGACACAAUUUCUCCUAAAAUUGCUCAAAUUUACUAAAACCAAGCCCUCAUCUUUUUUACUUUGGGACACAAUUUCUCCCCAAAUUUCCGGAUUUUGUUUUUAUAAACUCACCCCACCGAGGUCAUGACCCUCCACCGCAUAAUCACCCUCCUCCAAGAGUUGAACCUCUUGGCGGAACUGUUACUAAAAUUGUGGAUAGUUUUCUCCUUUUGGUUUGUCUUCUUACUGUUCAUGUACUUCAAAGCGGUUCGAUUCCUGGCCGAAUAUGUGCUUCGUUUCUUGGCGAACCUGGACCCAGCCGCUGUGGGGGAGCGUGUGACCCCCUCGUUCAGCCAGGUCUACAUUCCCUCGCCCACCCACCAACCCAACUCCCCCAGGGACUCGACAAUUUUACGGGACACGUUUGGCACCAAGUGGAGAAACGAGCGUGAAAGGCAGGACAUGACGGCACUCUUUUCGGACAAGACGAUUCCUAAGCCAGGAUUUGAGGAGUACGAGAAGUACGAUUAUUAUCCGAGAAGGACGGUUUUGAGCCAAAAAUUUGGACCACCAGCGACCGAUAUCCCUCAGCAUGUUUACGAUGCCGCGACCCUCCUAAAAUCUCCAGAAUAUUUGCCCUCGUCAUAUCCACAGAGUGGCAAUGUUGAUAAGCCACCUUCUUAUCUCAGCAACCAACAACAAAACCACAACAACUUCGUUCCCACGCCACCCGGGUACCAAAUCCCUCCAAUGCCACCAGGGUACCAACCCCCCACAACGCCACCCGAGUAUCAACCUCCCACAACGCCACCCGAGUAUCAACCUCCCACAACGCCACCCGGGUAUCAACCCCCUCCAAUGCCACCCGGGUAUCAAUUCUCCGCAACGCCACCCGGCCGAGUAAACGUGACCAGGCCAACAUCGCCACCACCAAGUCCACCCGUCCAGCCAAUUUCGUGGACUUCCUCCCUCUGCAAAUAUUUCCUUAUGUUGAUAAAGAGACGUUAAAAAUAUAUCAAAAUACCAACGAAAAUGAAUUUUGAUAACAAUUUGUCCCGUUUCCUGCUUCAUUUUUAUGAACAAUGUUUGUAAUUUAUUCAAAACUUAUCAAAUUUCAAUUUCACAAGAGAACUACAUAUGUGUUUAAAUAAUCUUGAAGGUAUAACGGGCACUAAUCAUACUAAUACUAAUAACUAAUUUAAUUGUUAAAAUUAUGAUAAAAUUUGUAAAAUUGCUAGCAAAUUAACAUUAUUUAAAAAUUACCCGGUUUUAGGCUAAUUGUACAUAUAACUUAUUCAAAAUUUAUCGAAUUUUCAGUUUCGGAAUUCGGUAGAUACAAAUAACAGACACAAAGUGAUAAUAAUAAUUCACUUUGCUAGUAAAAUUGUUAUAAAAUUUAUUAAAUAUUCCAUUAUUUGUUUAAAAAAAUUACUCCGUUUUUGUACAAUUUUUCAAACUUUGACAAAAUAAACACAAUAAUUUUAAGGUUAAUGCUUUUUAAAUUUAAUUUUGCAAGAUGCAAUCACCACCUAAGUCAUAAGUAAUUGAGUAUAAUAUUAAUGGACGAUA